AACACAUCACAUAUAAAAUAAUUCAUAACGAUCGAAUCCGUAUCAGUUAAGAUGAAGUCUGCUUUAGUGUGGUUGUCGGUUCUUCUCGUUAGAGCUUAUGCUGCUCCCAACGAUCUUCCCAGUGGUCGAAUCGUAGGCGGCGGCAAUGCCGUGUCGGGCCAGUUCACUUACCAGGCCUCAGUCCAAUACUGCCUCCAGGGUACCUGCUCGCACGCCUGCGGCGGCGCCAUCAUCGGUUCCUUAUGGGUACUGUCAGCUGCUCACUGUAUUACCCAAGCGCCCGCCCUUGGCAGCUACCAGAUCUUAGCCGGCGUCCUCAAUCUCAACGACGAGAACCCCGAAAGACAGGUGGUCCGCGUCAGCUAUGCGAUCAUCCACCCCGACUACAGCGGUGGCAACGCUGUUCCCCACGAUCUAGCGGUCUUCAGGCUGGCCACUCCCCUCACCCUCAACUCUCUGGUUCAACCAAUCAAUCUCCCGGACAUAUACGAAAUAUUCGAGGGCAACGCAAUCCUGUCAGGAUGGGGAUCCACUAGUGGCACUGAGGUAGCCAACAUGCCCCUUACCCUCCAAUUUGUUGAGGUACCCAUCAUCCUUCCUGAAACGUGCAAGCAAGCUUUGGAUGCCAUACUAGGAGGCACGCCAAAUCCACUGGACUUGGAAGCCAACAUUUGUACAGGACCAUUGACAGGAGGAGUCGGUAUUUGUUCUGGAGAUUCUGGCGGUCCACUGGCUGACGCCCAAGGACAAAAACUAAUUGGUAUCGCGACAUGGACAGCCAAUCCAUGCGGUAGACCAGGAGCGCCUUCUGUCUACAACAGAGUUAGCCAGUACAUCAGCUGGAUCACAAGUUCUAUCUCUGUCUAAGUACGUUCAAUUCAUUUAUUACCUAUUUAGUUUGCGAAAUAAAGUAUUAGUUCGCUA